UAGAUCAACAGAAACACAAAAUGGAAUUCAGAUCUGUGAUGCGGUUUUUAGGACUCCUGUAUUUCGCAGUCACAGGAGCUGCUUCUGCUGGCUGUGAUGUGAAUAUCGACCCCUCUAGAGUCGUGGUGAGAUUUGGAGACCCAGUGACUGUCAACUGCUCCACAACACGAGAAGAUGUAAUGGGGGCUGGCUGGGAGUCUUCUAUUAACCCUGUGAAUGAACCAAAUAGUACAGCAGUAGUCUGGAAUGUCAGCAGCCUCACUGUUUGGGAUGUAGAGCCAAAAUGCUUAAUAAACUACAGGAAUGAAACCCGUCAGUGUGCAGGAAAACUGGAUUUGGUCAUUUACAAGUACCCAGAAAGCGUCUCCCUCAUCGCUCCUGAGUUUAUGAAGAUCGGUGUAGAAUCUAAUAUAACGUGCCAGGUCCUAGAUGUGGCUCCUGCCAGAUAUCUCAGUGUGAAGCUGUAUAAGGGAGAUGAAGAGCUUGGGAAUAGAAGCUUUACUCAUGACUCCACACGGUUUCCUGUGAAUGCAAGUGUCCCCUUUCCAGUAACACCGACCAGAGCAGACAAUGGAUCCGAGUACACUUGUGUAGCAGAGCUUCAAUUGGGACCAGGAGAACCAAUACAAAAUUCAUCUCUCCCUUUCAGAAUGCUUCCAAUUGGAGCUGCUGCUGCUGGCUGUGAUGUGAAUAUCGACCCCUCUAGAGUCGUGGUGAGAUUUGGAGACCCAGUGACUGUCAACUGCUCCACAACACGAGAAGAUGUAUUGGGGGCUGGCUGGGAGGCUUCUGUUAACCAUGUGAAUGAACCGAAUAGUGCAACAGCAGUUUGGAAUGUCAGCAGCCUCACUGUUUGGGAUGCAGAGCCAAAAUGUUUUAUAAACUGCAGGAGUGAACCCCGUCAGUGUGUGGAAAAACUGGAUUUGGUCAUUUACAAGUUUCCAGAAAGCGUCUCCCUCAUCGCUCCUGAGUUUAUGAAGAUCGGUGUAGAAUCUAAUAUAACGUGCCAGGUCCUAGAUGUGGCUCCUGCCAGAUAUCUCAGUGUGAAGCUGUAUAAGGGAGAUGAAGAGCUUGGGAAUAGAAGCUUUACUCAUGACUCCACACGGUUUCCGGUGAAUGCAAGCGUCCCCUUUCCAGUAACACCGACCAGAGCAGACAAUGGAUCCGAGUACACUUGUGUGGCAGAGCUUCAAUUGGGACCAGGAGAACCAAUACAAAAUUCAUCUCUCCCGUUCAGAAUGCUUCCAAUUGAUUUUGAAGAGCAACCAAUCCUUACUGUAUCAGAAAAUGUAGAAGUCAACCAGACAUCUACAGUGAGAUGCGAGCUUAAAAAUGCCUUCCCAGCUGAAGAAGUCCAAGCAAAGCUGCUGAUAAAUAAUAAAAUUCACACAGAGCGCUCCAACAUGGACAAUGUGUAUGUUGAAGAAAGUUUUACUCUGGAUUCUGCUGAACCUGCAAUGAUUGAAUGUCAUGUGUCUCUCAGAUCUUUGUCUAAAAGCACAAAUAAAACUAUUCAAGGCUACGUGCUACCAGAGCCCACCGUUCACACUGAGGCUGUACUAGUAAAUCAUACAGGGAUUGUUACAUGCAGUGUGAAUGGCUCAGUCCCAGAAACUGCAACCCAAAGGCUGCUCCUCAACGGUUUUCCUGUAAAUGAAUCUCACAAUAGUGCACCCGCACAGUACGUGUUUAAAGCUGAGAAAGAGCUCAACGGAAAAGUGAUUACUUGUGAGACUGAGCUGAAUUUAGCUGCUGCAUCUGUUAAGAAAAACCAAAGUGCCACCUUGAGUGUUUUGUAUCCUCCCACGAUAAAAACACGUUUCCCUGCCAGUAAAGAUUUGAAAGAAGGAGAAAAACUCAGCAGCCACUUUGACUGUGAAGCUGAGGGAAAUCCUCCCCCGAAAACUGUGUGGUUAAAGGAUAGCAAAGAGUUUGAUUCAUCCAAAAUACUGAUGAGAGGAGAUGGAGGAGUCUACCAGCUUAAAACUGUGAACAAAUUGGGAUCUGCAACUGCGACUGUGACAGUCACUGUGGGGUAUGAGCCCAGUGUAAUAAACCCUGCAGAAGAAAGUGUGCCUGUUGUGAAAGGGGACAGCGUUGUUUUUAACUGCACUGCUGAAGCUAUCCCAUCCCCUACAUACACGUGGAAACACCCUGAAGCUGAUAAUGUGAACACCACGACGAGGGAUAAUGUGUCCACUUUGACUAUCACAGGAGUCUCCUCUAGCAAUGAGGGUGUUUAUGAAUGCCAUGCUUGGAACAUACAUGGAAAUUCCACAAGGAAAGUUACAGUUAUAGUCAUAGAUUACCUCCUUCCAUUAAUAGCAGGAGUUGCAGCACUAUUUGUUCUUCUUAUUCUAAUAUUAAUAAUUGUCCUGUACCGUAUGUACUACAAACGCCAUAAAACAGGAGAGUACAGCCUCAAAGCAGGGAAACCUUCAAGUGCAAAUGGCAGCAUGGCACAUAAUGGAAAGGGGGCUGAAGAAAUACCCUUAACACCAAUAUGAACCCACCGAAAAGGACGUUUGUCAUCCACCUGCCUACCGUUCUCCCAAACUCUCACAAACCCAGCCAAGCACAGUAUGUAUAAUUAAAGAAUUAACUGCCUACAUCAAACUUCCAAACAUGCUUGACUUUAUGAAGGAGCCGCAUUGCUGUCAGUGAUCCCUGGACCUCUGGCUUGCAAGUGCAGUGCUAAGGUCAUGCUCUGGGGCGAUGCUCUACUACAGUGAAAGACAGAAGGCAUGUGGAGCUUGUGUUUGCUUCUUCAUGAAGACAGGCACAUGUCCUCAUGUUUGCUCGCUCAGAGGGAUUUAUUUACCUUGCAGAGCGACAGGUUUGAACCCAAGCAUAAAAACAAAGCCUUGUCUGGAAAAGAGCCCUUGUAUUUAUACUCGCUUCUGCUCAUGUGCAGUAUCAGCAUUGGCAAGGACCCAAUAGAAUUCCAGAGCAGGCUCCUCUUUGUGAUGUCAUCAACGGUUUCUUAAACAAUCCUUUUACAGAAUCACGAAAUAGCGAGGGAACACUGCUACGAAUUCCUGCUCUUAACUGCAUGUGUUUUUAUUGGGAUCUAAAUAAUGCUACUGUGAUAUUUUUUCCCACUGCCUGCCGUAAUCUCUUAUAACGGAUACAGUCUGCCUGCCUGUCUUUUCAGGUCUGUCUGUUUUUAUAUGUCUCUCUCCCCAAUAGUAUGGAGCUGGUUUGCAUUUGCAACACAGUUAUUAUACACUUUUGCCAUUGGGUUUUUUUUUUCUUGUGCUGUUGUUUGUAAUCACUUAUAAUGGAUACCCAGGAGAUCCCCGGUUCAUAACCACUGACUCACUGUGUGUGAGACCCUGAGCGAGUCACUGAACCUCCUUG